AUGGAGUUUGGUAAUCGAUCUGUGGAUUUUAAUAUGGAUGAUGAGAGUUGUACAUUUUUACGUCAGAUCAACAAAAUGAAAGCUGCUAAGGCAAGGUUUAAUAGAAUGAAUGUCCUCAGGCAGAAGAAGGCAAAGCGGUUGAAGAGAGCAAACAAAGAGAACGAGUGUUUCUUCUCUCCAUCUUCCGUCCAACAAUCUUCGUCGUUCCGAACACCUUUAUCAACAAUAACUAUGAAUACCAUCAACAUUUCCUCAUCAUAUUCACCUAACCACUUUCAACCAUCUUCUUCAAGUCCCCAACCUUCAAACAGAUUGGGUCUGAAUCUAACAAACAAAGAUAAUGACUUUUUCUUCUCUCCAAUUUCCGUCAAACAAUCUUCCUCCAUCCGAACACCGUUAUCAACCAUAACAAUGAAUACCAUCAACGUUACUGAGUCAUCUUCACCUAACACAUGUCAACCAUCUUCUUCAAGAACUCAACCUUCAACUGUUGGGAUUUUAAAAUCUCGGAGACCCAUCGCAUAUCGUACGAACGGGCUGGGUUUGAAUUUGACAAAAAAAUUUAACAGCACUGUCAGUGGUUCAAAUGAUCAUCCUGAUGUUUCUGCAACUCCUGUCCCGGCCACGGACAAUAGCAAUUUAUUUUCGGAUUCUGAUGACAAUAGUACAGAAAGUUUUGAAACGGACUCCGAUAUUGAGUACCCGGAUGAAUGUAAUAACAUCUCUACAGACAUGCAUUCUGCAUCGACUUCUUCAAACGGAUACUACGAUGUAGGAGACGCUGAUUCUGUAUGUCAACAAUGCGGUGCGCAAAUGUGGUAUCUUGAAAGAAAGGAAAAACAUCGGAAUAGAUCUAUUCCAAAAUUUUCAAUGUGUUGUCGAAAUGGCAAGAUUCAACUUCCAUUUCUCAAGAUGCCACCUAAAUAUCUGCAACAUCUCCUAUUUGACAGUGAUACGGUUCAGUCUCGCAAUUUCCAGCAAAACAUUCGAAUGUAUAACAUGAUGUUUGCAUUCACAUCUCCUGGUACUAAGAUGGAUAACCGUUUUAACAAUGGAGGUGGUCCUCCUACUUUCCGUAUUCAAGGGCAGGCCUGUCAUAGAAUUGGUAGUAUGUUACCCAUGCCGGGACAGACUCCAAAAUUUGCCCAGCUAUAUAUUUACGACACUGAACAUGAAAUACAACACAGGAUUAAUGGAAUGAGAACAAAAACUGGCGUUGACAUUGAUAUUGUUACAAAAUUAUCUCAAAUGUUGUACGAACACAACGUACAUGCUCAGUCUUUCCAAAUGGCAAGAGAUAUUUUGUCUCAACGAAGCGUAACAGAUUUGAAAUUGAGACUUAUUUCAGACAGAAAAACUGAUGGACGUAUUUAUAAUCAGCCAACUGUUUCCGAAGUUGCCGCAUUGAUAGUUGGUGAUGUCGAUACAGCUGAAAAAAGAGAUAUCAUAAUGCACAAACAGUCGGGCGAUCUUCAAAGAAUUGAUGAGUAUCAUAGUUCUUAUCUUGGAUAUCAAUAUCCAUUGCUUUUUCCAUAUGGCGAGGAUGGAUACAGGCCAAAUGUGAAACAUCGGGAUCACGAAUGGAUGGCAUUCCGAAUACAAUCAAGACAGAACGAGGCACCGACACUGUUAAGAGCUCGAAGGCUAUUCCAACAAUUUUUAGUUGAUGGUUAUACAAUGUUGGAAUCGGAGAGACUUAGAUGGCUUCGUAAAAAUCAAUCCAAAUUAAGGGUUGGAAAAUAUCACAAUUUGAAUGAGUUAAAUUCAAACAGUGUGACACAAGGCUCAAGCACCGGAAAAAGAGUUGUUUUACCGUCUUCAUAUGUUGGCAGUCGUAGAUAUAUGGAUCAACUGUAUUUUGACGGAAUGGCAAUUUGCAGCUAUGUUGGUUUUCCUGACCUAUUUAUUACAUUUACAUGUAAUCCAAACUGGCCGGAGAUACAGCGUUACGUAAGACAAUCAAACUUGAAGCCGGCCGAUCGUCCAGACAUUAUUUGUCGAGUAUUUAAGAUGAAGUUUGAUGAGUUAUUGUCCGAUCUAACCAAGAAAUCUGUCAUGGGCAAGGUCCUUGCCUAUAUGUAUACCAUUGAAUUUCAAAAGAGGGGUUUGCCACAUGCUCACAUAAUAAUUUUUCUUCAUCCGACCAGCAAGUAUCCAAAUGCAGAGGAUAUUGAUAAAAUAAUUUCAGCCGAAAUACCUGACGAGAAUUCUGAUCACGAGCUUUAUAACUUGGUAAAGUCACAUAUGAUACACGGUCCAUGCGGAAGACUUAACCUAAAUGCUCCGUGUACAAGGGAUGGUAAAUGUUCCAAGUAUUUUCCAAAGGAGUUCCGUCCUCAAACAAUAGUCGAUCAAGAUGGCUUCCCUGUUUAUCGAAGAAGAGACAAUGGUCACACUGUGUUAAAGAAUGGAAUUCGGUUUGAUAACCGUCACGUUGUACCAUACAAUUCAGGAUUAUUAAAGAAGUUUCGAGGUCACAUAAAUAUGGAGUGGUGCAAUCAAAGUUCUUCGAUAAAGUAUCUGUUUAAAUACAUCAACAAAGGUUACGACAGAAUCACUGCUGCCGUUAUUAGGAAUGAUGAGGUGAGCCAAAAUGCCCAAAAAAAUGUUGACGAGAUUAAACAAUAUCUUGAUUGCAGAUAUGUUUCUCCUUGCGAAGCAUGUUGGAGAAUAUUCUCUUUUCCCAUACAUGGAAGAAAACCCGCGGUUGAGAGGUUAUUUUUUCACUGCGAAGGAGAGAAUUCUGUGUUUUACAGAGACAUGGAUCGCUUAGAUACCGUGUUGGAAAAGCCAAGUGUCACAGAAUCAAUGUUUACUGCUUGGUUUGAGGCAAACAAAAAAUAUCCUGAAGCCAAGGAGUUAACAUACAGCAAGUUUGUUGGAAAGUUUGUUUAUGUAAAAAAAACAAGGGAAUGGAAACCGCGGAAAAAGGGUUAUACAAUUGGUAGAUUGGUAUGGGUUCCUCCAAGCUCGGGUGAGUUGUACUAUCUCAGAAUGAUGUUAACGCAUGUAAAAGGUCCACAUAGUUACGAAGACAUAAAAAUAGUUAACAACAAGAGAUGUAAUUCUUUCCGCGAUGCUUGCUUUGCUAUGGGAUUUAUUGGGGAUGAUAGGGAGUACAUCGCUGCCAUUGAAGAGGCAAGUCAUUGGGGAUCUGGGCAUUAUUUGAGGUUACUUUUUGUCCAUAUGCUACUAUCAAGCAGCUUGAAUAGACCAACACAUGUUUGGAAAAAAACAUGGCAAUUAUUAUCGGACGGCAUAUUAUAUGAACAACGUAGAAUCGCAAACAAUAGAGAGAUGAUUUUGUCAAAUGAAGAAUUGGUCAAUUUGACAUUGGUAGAAGUUGAAAAAUUACUUCAAAAGAACAGGAAGAGUUUAUCCGAUUUUGUGGGAAUGCCACAGCCAAAUGGAUAUGUUGUUCAGCAAUUAGGCAACAGGUUGAUUUAUGAUGAACGUAACUACGACAUCAUAGAACAACGUCAAGAAUACAAUACAUUAUAUCAACAUCUCACAGAUGAACAAAGAACUGUUUUUAAAACUAUUAUCGGCGCUGUCAAUAACGAAAGAGGAGGUGUCUUUUUUCUGUACGGCUAUGGCGGCACGGGAAAGACGUACAUUUGGAGGACAUUGGCGUCUUGCAUUCGUUCGAGAAAACAGAUUUGCUUGACUGUUGCUUCAUCUGGUAUAGCUUCUCUCUUGCUACCAGGAGGUAGAACAGCACAUUCAAUGUUCAAAAUUCCAAUCCCAACAUUGGAGGAAUCCAUAUGUGACAUCCCAAAGAAUACAGAACGAGCCGAGUUGCUUCGGUCAGCCAAGUUAAUUAUCUGGGACGAAGCUCCAAUGGCUAACAAGUACUGUUUUGAAGCACUGGAUAAAACCCUUAAGGACCUUAUGUCAGACACAAAGCCUUCCAAGUCUAUAUUUGGUGGUAAAGUUGUUGUUUUUGGCGGGGAUUUUCGUCAGAUCCUUCCUGUUAUUCCAAGGGGCAGCCGUUCUGACAUCAUUCACGCGAGCAUCAACUCUUCAUACAUAUGGGAUCACUGCAAAGUUCUCAGACUAACAAAAAACAUGCGUUUGUUGCAAUCCACCACACCUUCAAGUUCAACAGAAUUAGAAGAGUUUUCAAAUUGGACUUUAGAUGUUGGAGAUGGAAAACUGGCUGAACCGAAUGAUGGAUAUGCAGAUAUUGACAUACCAAAGGACAUGUUGAUAUCCAAUUUUGAUGAACCGAUAAAGGCAAUUAUAGAUUCGACCUAUCCUGACUUUCUGCAGAAUUACAAAGAUCCCCAAUACCUUCAAUGUAGAGCAAUAUUGGCUGGAACUUUAGAGACAGUUGAUGUCGUAAAUCGUUAUGCGCUAGAUAUGAUUCCAGGAGAUGAAAAGAUUUAUUUGAGCUCCGACUCAGUUGAUCAAAUGGACGCUGAUGCUUCUGAUUCUUUUGAUGCUUUGACAACAGAAUUUUUGAACACCCUGACGGCAUCCGGUCUUCCACAACACAGCAUUAGACUUAAAGUUGGCACCCCUAUAAUGCUCCUGAGAAACAUCGAUCAAUCUGAAGGGUUGUGCAACGGUACAAGACUCAUUGUUACAAAAUUGGCCGACCAUGUUAUAGAGGCAAGGAUUAUCUCCGGUAAAAAUAUAGGAAGUUCAUUUUAUAUUCCAAGAAUGGAUAUCUCUCCAACACAAUCACCCUGGCCUUUUAAAUUAACAAGAAGGCAAUUUCCAAUCAUUGUGUCCUACGCAAUGACGAUUAACAAGUCGCAAGGUCAGUCGUUAGACUAUGUUGGGUUGUAUCUGCCAAGGAAUGUCUUCAGCCACGGUCAGUUGUACGUUGCAAUAUCAAGAGUGAAAAGCAAAAACGGUCUCAAGAUACUAAUCCACAACAAAGACAAUGAAGCGGCAGACACUACCACCAACGUGGUAUUCAAAGAAGUAUUUGAAAAUGUCUAA